AUGAGACAGAGCGGAGCCUCCCAGCCCCUGCUGAUCAACAUGUACCUGCCAGAUCCCGUCGGAGACGGUCUCUUCAAGGAAGGGAAGAGCCCAGGGUGGGGGCCGUUGAGCCCUGCGGUACAAAAAGGCAGUGGGCAGAUCCAGCUGUGGCAGUUUCUGCUGGAGCUGCUGGCGGACCGGGCCAACGUCGGCUGCAUCGCGUGGGAGGGGGGCCACGGCGAGUUCAAGCUCACGGACCCAGACGAAGUGGCGCGGCGCUGGGGAGAGCGCAAGAGCAAGCCCAACAUGAACUACGACAAGCUGAGCCGGGCACUGCGCUACUACUACGACAAGAACAUCAUGAGCAAGGUGCACGGCAAGCGCUACGCCUACCGCUUCGACUUCCAGGGCCUAGCGCAGGCCUGCCAGCCGCCCCCCCUCUACCCCAGCCCGGGCUUGCAGCCCCCGCCCGGGCCUUUUGGCGCGGUGGCCGCCGCCUCGCACUUGGGGGGCCAUUACCACUAG